ACAUUGUUCAAGGCAGUGUAAGGACCACACGCUUUGUUAUUUUGACUUCUUCCAAUUGACAUGUGCAACUGUAGCGCUUCUGAUAAUGUACAGGUACACCUCUGAUGUUUUCUCCGAAGUGCAACAUUUUACUUCUAAUUCAGGACUGCUUGAACGUGGUUUUUCCCCUGUCCUCUGACAGCUCUCAUCAAUGAAUACAGUGGACUGACUAGUUUGACCAACCUCCUUGGGGAAAAUCUGGGGCCUCUGUAGUUUGGAUCCUUUCCCGACAAGCCCAUUGCAAGAUUUUAAAUUCCAGAUAUGACAUUUAUAACAAAGAUAAUCUCAAUGCUGUGAAAGGAAGAAAAUAAAAAUGCACAUGCUGACAAACAACUGCAGAUACCUGAAAAGGACUUGAAGAAGCACCUUUCCAAUGUCUUCUUGUCAGUCAUUUUUGCACAAAGUGUGUUGAAAUCACCAUACAAUCUGUAAAGGGAAGAUUACAGUACAUCUCCUGAUACAAUCCAUUCUGUUGCUGUAAGCACACGGUCCACUCUGAAUAUCAACUAUUUUGUAGGAUUUGGUAAAAUUGUGUUACAUUUUGUUUAAACAAUGAUUAACAAACCUGCAAAUAGAAGAACCCCAGAAUACCCAAUGUUUCAUAAACUAGUAUUACUAACCUGCUUAAUACUUAAUGACAGUAUCUGUGGACAAAAUGUUUGUAACAGGCAAAAAGUGACUGAAUGGCACUCUGAACCACAGGAAAUCACAGUUAAGUGGAGUCUGACUGAGAAUUAUUGUUUGGAUUUCUUUACUGAAUGCUGGGAAAUGCAAAAAGAAGACACAAACAGUGAUUUUUCUGAUAUUCAAAUGUUCCCACAAAUAUGUCCACUUGAAUUACAGAUAGGAGAUCGACUGUUUGUCUCGCUUAGUACAUCAUUAAAAUCGUAUGGGAUGAACCUCAUUAAUGUGUCUAGGAAAGCAUUUGUAAGUUGUUCUAAAAUCAGCUAUGCCAACAAUCAGCUACUCUUUCGAAGCAAGGUAUCAUCAAGACACCAAGUCAACCCAAAAUGGCUUGGUGCUGGAACACAUUACUUUGUAGAAGAUAGUUCUCAGCUAUGCAAGAUGGGUCUUCGACUUAAUGUGACCAUAAAAGAACAACACUGUCAAAACUUGCAGGAUGCACCAUUAUGCUCUGGCAAUGGAUUAUGUAGAACUCAUGCUUGGGAGGACAGCUAUAGUUGCCACUGUAAUGAACAUUACACUGGAAAGUUCUGUGAAGAAUUUGAUGCCUGUUCACCAAAACCUUGUCUAAAUGGAGCAACAUGUUUAAACAGAGGAGGAAAAAAACAACAAAUCGAAGAUUAUGCAUGCACAUGUUCUCCCCAGUUUACAGGUUUCAAUUGCACAGAAGUAAUUGGGCAAUGUGAACCACAUAUCUGUUUGCAUGGGGACUGUAACCACAUAACUCCACAUUCCUUUCAAUGUGUUUGUGACCAAAACUUCACAGGUCCAUUUUGUGAGGAGAUAAAAAAAUCCUGCGAUUCACAGCCUUGUAAGAAUGGGGGUGUAUGCAAAGACAGUUGGCCAGAAUACAUCUGUGAAUGUCCACCAGGUUUCACUGGGCACAUCUGUGACACCAAAGUGGAUGAGUGCAUGUCAUAUAUGUGUCAGAAUGAAACAACUUGCAUCAAUGAAGCAAAUCAUGUUUCAUGUGUCUGUGCAGCAGGCGUUACAGACACACGGUGUGAAAAGCAGCUCAGGUCAUGCAGCUCAUCUCCCUGUUUGAAUGAUGGCAGCUGUGUGGAUCAGCAAAACGACUAUUAUUGCAGAUGCCUCCAGGGGUUUACAGGGAAGAACUGUGAGGAUAUACUUGACGACUGCAGGCUGCUCAGUGUCAACUGUCUAAAUGAAGGAUUGUGUCUCAACAUAAUUGGAGGAUAUAAUUGCCUUUGUGCUCCAGGAUGGACAGGGGAAUUCUGCCAGUAUGUGGAGAAUGCGUGUCUCAUUUAUCCAGACAGGUGCAGAAAUGGAGCACCAUGUAUUGACACUAGCCAGCCAAAGGGACGCCCACAGUAUGAGUGCAACUGCCUCCCUGGUUUUACAGGAGAACAUUGUGAGACAGAAAUAAAUGAAUGCAUUUCCAAUCCGUGUAGACAUCGGGGAACAUGCAGUGAUUUUGUUGGACUCUACAAGUGCAUAUGUCCUACAGGUUUUCAAGGAGUAAACUGUGAGGUAGAUUUAAAUGCUUGUACAUUUCUGAACACCAGCUGCCCUCCUGACUUGCUGUGUGUCGACUUGCCAAUUGGACUGCAGUACAUGUGUCAUUCACCAUGCCCGGAGUACCUCAAGCCAUGUGCAAAUGAAGGCCGCUGCUUUAUAGAUGAAACUGAGAGUUACCACUGUGUCUGUCCACCUGGAUGGACUGGAAAAAAUUGUUUGGAAAACAUAAAUGAAUGUGAAGAGCACUGGUGUCAAAAUGGAGCUACUUGUGAAGAUGACAUCAAUAAGUACAGGUGUAUAUGCCCUGAUGGCUUUACUGGAUUAUUCUGUGAAACUGACAUUGAUGACUGCAUUGGAAACCUGUGCUCAGAGCAUGGCACCUGUCUGGACCAGCUGUACAAUUACACCUGUCGCUGCAUGCUUGGAUAUGAAGGACACUUCUGUGAAACAGAGAUUAAUGAAUGUACAAGUUUACUUUGUGAAAACGGAGCCACCUGCGUGGAUUUAAUUGGUGAUUUCUCAUGUCAGUGUGCCAUAGGAUUUGAAGGGAGAAAAUGUUCUGAAAACACAGAUGACUGUUGGUCCACACCUUGUUUAAAUGAAGGCACUUGUGAAGAUCUUAUCAAUGGUUUCAGAUGUCUUUGCCCACUUGGUUAUGGGGGAACAGACUGCUCAGUUGAUCUGGAUCUGUGUGGUAUGGAUUUAUGCCAGUCACAUACAACUGAAUGCACCGAAACUGAAGAGGGUCAGAAUGUCAUUUGCAUAUGUGAAAAAGGUUUCACAGGUCAUUUCUGUGAGAUAAAUAUAAAUGAGUGUGACUCUGGGCCCUGUAAGAAUGGUGCAGUUUGUGAGGAUGAUGUCAACAGAUAUCUUUGUUUCUGCCCUGAAGGAUUUGAAGGCCUGAACUGUGAAAUUAACUUUGAUGAGUGCAGUUAUGGAUUCUGUCAAAACAACUCUACCUGUAUAGACUUGGUUGCAGACUACAAUUGUGUUUGUACACCAGGUUUUACUGACAAAAAUUGUUCAACGAACAUUGAUGAAUGUGUUUUGGAUCCAUGUAAAAACGGAGCGACUUGCUAUGAUUUGAUUGGGGAAUAUCACUGUAGCUGUGCACAAGGAUUUGAAAGCAAGGACUGUUCUGUUGAAGUGAAUGAAUGUAUAUCAAAUCCAUGUGACCCUGUGGGAAGCCUCUACUGUGAAGAUCUUGUAAAUAGCUUCAGAUGUGCCUGCCGCCUUGGGUAUAUGGGACAGCAAUGUGAAAUUCCCAUAAGUCGUUGUGUAGAUGGACUUUGUCAGUAUGGAUCAAAGUGUGAUGACCUCCCUGGUGGGUUUAGAUGCCAUUGUCUUCCUGGGUUAAGUGGCCAGUUCUGUGAAGUGAACAUUGAUGAAUGUCAGCAAGGACCUUGUGGUGCUCUUAGCAUUUGUAAAGAUUCUGUAAACACAUUCCAGUGUUUCUGUGCACCAGGCUUUAUAGGCAAUAACUGUGAGAUUGAGGUGGAUGAGUGUCUUAGUGACCCGUGUCAGAAUGGUGCCACUUGCUGUGAUGAGCUUGAUGCCUUCAGCUGCCUGUGUCCUGAUGGAACUGAAGGCAACUAUUGUGAAAUCAACAUAAAUGAAUGUCACUCGUCUCCCUGCUUCCAUAAUGCGACUUGUGUUGACUUUAUCAAUGGAUAUGAAUGCAUCUGCCUACCUGGCUUCACUGGUGUAGAAUGUGAAAUUGAUAUAGACGAGUGUGUUUCUUCUCCCUGCAUGAACGGAGCGACUUGCAUUGACCAACCUGGUAAUUACUUCUGCCAGUGUGUGGCUCCAUUUAAAGGUUCUAACUGUGAGUUCAGGCCAUGUGAGGCCAGUAAUCCUUGUGAGAACGGGGCUGUGUGUGUGGAGGAGAUGGAGUUGGACACAUUUCCCCUUGGAUUCCGCUGUCAGUGUGCAAAGGGCUUUGCAGGUCCACGCUGUGAGAUCAAUGUCAAUGAGUGCAUUUCCAACCCUUGCAUCAAUGGAUACUGCUACGAUGUUGUGGGUGGAUUUUACUGCCUGUGUAACCCAGGGUUUGCUGGAGUUCGAUGUGAUCAGGACAUUGAUGACUGCAUCAACAACAUGUGUGCGAACAACUCAACCUGUGUGGAUCUUAAUUUGAGCUAUCACUGUAUCUGCCUGCCUGGGUGGGAGGGAGAGUUUUGUGAGCAGGAAUCCAAUGAAUGUGACUCAAAUCCCUGCAAGAACAAUGCAACAUGCACAGAUCUCCUCAAUGACUACACAUGCAUAUGUGCUCUUGGUUGGAGAGGAGCUGACUGCACCCAGGAUGUGAAUGAGUGUGAACCUAACCCCUGCCUGAACGGCGCCAAGUGCAUUGAAUCAGCUGUCCCAGGGAAAUUUGAGUGCAUCUGCCCUCCAUUCUUCACUGGUGACUUAUGUAAAAAACAAUACGAUCCAUGUGACAUGCAAUACAAUCCAUGCAUAAACAAUUCAACAUGCUCGACACAGAUCAAUGGGACAGCAGCCUGCAUCUGCAGAAAGGGAUUUGAAGGUAUUCACUGUGAAAUUGACACAAAUGAGUGCAUCUCUAGCCCCUGUCAGAAUCAUGGUCACUGUCUGGAUGGGACCAAUGGUUACAGCUGUGAAUGUAAAAUUGGUUUCUCUGGUGUACAUUGCGAAGAGGAUAUAAAUGAAUGCAUUUCUAGUCCCUGCAAAAAUAGUGGAACAUGCCAGGACCUUGUGAAUAGGUUCCAGUGUCAUUGUACACCUGGGUACUUUGGAUCUCUCUGUGAGCUGGACGUAAAUGAGUGUGAGGCACAGCCAUGCCUGUAUGGAGGCAGCUGCUUCAACAUGCCUGGAGGUUUCCAGUGUGUUUGUCCUCCUGGAUUCUCAGGGAUCCGGUGUGAAAUAAAUAUAAAUGAAUGUGCAUCUGCUCCAUGCCUAAACAAUGGAAGAUGCAUUGACGGUGUCAAUUGUUAUCAGUGUUUGUGUGCCAGCGGCUUUAUGGGAUCAAAUUGUGAAACAAACAUUGAUGAAUGUGCAUCAAACCCUUGUCUUCAUGGGAGUUGCACUGAUCAGGUUGAUGGAUACUGGUGUGACUGUGAAGCAGGCUGGACUAGUUUAAGAUGUGAAAGCAAUAUUAAUGAAUGCCAGUCCAGUCCAUGCUUAAAUCAAGGAUUAUGUUACGAUCUGGUCAACAAAUAUGCAUGUUUUUGUCCUGAUGGGUACAAGGGGAAACACUGUGAAAUAGACAUCGACAUUUGCAAUGAGAGUGUACAGAAUUUCACCCUGUGUUUCAAUGGAGGAACUUGUGUGGAUGGUCCUGCUACGACCUUCAGUUGCAGAUGUCCUAGUGGGUUUUCUGGUGACUUUUGUGAAGAAGAGAUUAAUGAAUGCUACUCAGGGCCAUGUUUUCAUGGUGCCAUCUGUCAAGACCUUGUAAAUGGGUAUCGCUGCCACUGUAGGCCAGGUUGGACAGGGCUCCACUGUGAAUAUGACAUUAACGAGUGCCAAUCAGAGCCAUGCUUCCAUGGAAUAUGUAUUGAAAAGGAUCCUGGCCAUGGAUACACCUGUUUCUGUCGUCCUGGAUUUGUGGGUCAAAACUGUGACCAUAACUACAAUGACUGCCUGAUGCAUACCUGCCCAAUCGAUUAUCACUGUGUUGAUGGAAUCAACAGCAUCACCUGCAUACCUACUGAAAUCACAGAGACCACUACCUGGAACUCAGUUAUCAAUCCAACUUCUGUGCUUCCAGUUUUUACUAACAUGGAAAAAAGUACAUACCAUGCAUUUCAAUUUUCAGGAACAGCACUAUUACAGAACCACCAGACAGUUACUUUGCCUGUCACAGACUCAAUUUCAUUAAUUAGCAGUAUACCAGACACCAAGACUGAAGUAAAUAGCAAUGAAGUGCUGUCCCAUGGAUUCCCAAUGACUCUUUCUCCUGCCAGCCUAACAUCAACUCCCACGACUUUGCCUCCAGCGGAAGAUAGGGAACAUUUAUUAGCUUUCUCAGGUUUACCAGAAGAAACUAGAGACCUUAUUGAACCCUCACAUAUUCCUAUUUCUCCAUCAAUGCUUGUUACUACAAGAGAAUUAGAUGGUUUUAGCUUCUCUCCAGUGCACAUUGCCAGAACUGAACCCCCCUGGUUAACACAUAUCCUGGAUAGUAUUUCCAAAAGCCUUGAUGGUGAUGGCACACAUAGAGAAGACUUCAAAACAAGCCGAAAGCAACCCUUUGGUACUCCACUAACAUCUUGUGAAAUAUGUUCAGCUUCGACUAUAUCUGAAGAUCAUUUUUCAAAAAGACCCCUACUUGAAUCUUCUGCAAAUGAAACUUUUAAGAUUAGUGGCAUGUUUAUGUCUACCACAGACUGGAUAACAACGUAUUUUAAAAUCAGUCCAUUCUCUGAUCAGUUCUCUUUAAAUGCAGAGAUCUCACAAUCAGAAUACAUUUCAUCACAAUUAUUAUACUCAGGCAUAACAAGUCAUAGGAUAAGCAUUACAGGAAAAAUGCCCCAGCCGGAAGCUUAUUUUUCAACAUUUAUAAAAUCAGUCCUCAGCAUGCCUAUUGAUAUAGAUGUGCAUAUGUCAAAUGAAGUUCAUCCCACUGUUACAGAUGUAUACUUAUUGUCAACAGAUUUAGCAAAUGCAUUUCCAUUGGGUUUAGAUCUGGCAAAAGAGAAUGUUUUUUCUUCAGAACCAAGAGUCCAAUUAUCACAAACUGUACUACCUUUCCUUGAACAAUCUUUCCUGGAUACGUUUACACAAUUUUCUGGGACACACGACUUACCACUAAAGACAAUGGAGUCUGGUACAUCUGAGACGAUAGAUAAUGUGAUGUAUAGCUCUGGCUCAAAGGAUGGCAACUUAAGCUCAUCAGGACAGCUUCAUUGGACAAGUACGGAUCCGUUUCAGAAAGGCCAAAUGUCUGAGUCCAGUGCCUACUUUUCCAGAUCACAAACGUUAUCUUCCAUGGAUACAGGGCAUGCACCUAAUCUGUUAGAUACUGAUACAAAUGUUAGUUAUGUGCACUACCAUGGAAAUUCAUUUUUGGUGUUUGAAGGAAUCUCUCUGCAUGCACAGAACAACAUUUCUGUGAGAUUCCAGUCCCAAAACCCUGAGGGGACCCUUCUUUAUGCAGAUCAGGGCCAAACAGCAGCUGACUUUUUCUUCAUUAAACUGUUUAUUGAGCAUGGCAAUUUACAGUAUAUUUUUUCAUGCAAGCAUGAAGAAAGAAUACAGAGUAUUAACACAACAAUAAGAGUUGAUGAUGGAAAGGAGUACACAGUCUAUAUCAGGCAAUAUUUAACCCCUUGUGAAGCUGAAGUGACUGUGUCUGGCUCACCGACAGUGAGGAGCAUGCCUAGUAAUAACUGGUCAGGACUUGCAAAUCAGAAAACAGGACCUCUUUUCAUCGGUGGAUUACCUCUUAGCUACUGGCCCAAUCAGGCUGCUGAGCCUAUAUACAACUUUACUGGCUGCAUUGAAGUAAUUGAAAUCAAUAAGCUGAGUCGCUUAUUCCCUUCCAAUGCUGUGGGCAGCAACAAUAUCAACAACUGCAGGUUUUCCUGGCACAAAGUAAUGCCAACAGCUUCAAUGACAAGUCAAUUGGCAUUGAUCAACUUUACCCCAGCCAUCAUCAAAAUGCCUACAUCUGCUUUGAUACCAACCCCAACUGCUCCUCUGCCAGUUUCAGCCUGUCAGGAAGCGUUGUGCCAGAAUGGAGGGACUUGCCAUCAUGUAAUGCUACAAAGUGGUGCCACUUCCUUUCAAUGUGACUGUCCCCUACAUUUCACCGGACACUUCUGUGAAAAAGAUACCACAUUAUUCUUCCCAUCUUUCAAUGGCGAGUCAUAUCUGGAGCUACCAUCACUUACUUCCCUGGUUGAGAGCACAGACAGCAAAGUUACUUUGUCCCAAGACACUGACAACACUGUUACCCUUUACUUGACAGUGAAAACAAGUACUUCACAUGGAACUAUCCUUUACACCAGAGAAGAAAACUUUGGGGAGCGGUUUCUGCAUAUGUUAAUUGUUGAUGGGAAACCAUUGGUAAAGCUGGGCUGUGGAGGGUUUCAAGUCCUGACUGUAUGGGCAAAUGAAAACAUCAACAGUGAUCGGCUGACACCAAUCACAGUACAAUAUCAGUUGCCUGUUGGUUCAUAUGGAGGACACUGUAUGAUUGAAGUGGCUGUGAAUAAUAAUGUGCCUUCCAAGCAGAAGGAAUACUUGUCCCACCGUGUAUUUGAGGCUAAUUUUGGCCCAGUAUUCCUUGGCAAUAUUCCCUCACAUUCUGAGCUGUAUGAUGGAGCUGAGAAGGUAAUUGGCUUUCAAGGCUGCAUUCGAGAGCUGCAAAUGAACACAAAGGAGCUCUUUAUUGUGGAUGAGGCAGUGAGGGGGAAGAAUAUUGAAAACUGCAACGCUCCUGUUUGCCAGUACCACCCCUGUCGCAAUGGGGGUGUGUGUGUUAGUGAUGCAGAGAACUGGUUCUGCAAGUGUCCUGACCUGUAUUCUGGGAAGCUGUGCCAAUUCAAUGCUUGUGAAAGGAGCCCAUGUGGACAUGGUGCCACCUGCGUCCCAAAAACUGACCAAGAUACUGUUUGUCUCUGUCCCUAUGGGAGAACUGGACUGCUCUGCAAUGAAGCUGUCAAUGUUACUCGGCCGAGAUUUAGUGGAAUAGAUGAAUUUGGAUCCACCUCCUUUUUGGCAUAUUUUACAAUCCACAAUAUGAGCUUCUACUUUGAGUUCCAGUUAAAAUUCACCUUGGCUAACAACAGGUCUGCAGUGAAAGAUAACCUUAUCAUCUUCACUGGGCAGAAAGGACAAGGUCUCAAUGGAGAUGAUUUCCUAGCACUGGGUUUGCGAAAAGGCCGAAUUGUUUAUAAAUUCAAUCUGGGCUCUGGUGUUGCCACCAUAUUAAGCGAGCCUCUCAAUCUGGCACGUGAUAUCCAUAUUAUCCAUUUUGGCAGAUCGCUUAAAACUGGAUGGUUAAAGGUGGAUGACCAGAGGAAUAAAACAGGCUCUUCCCCUGGACAGUUGGUGGGUCUGAAUGUUUUUAGCCAGUUUUACGUAGGAGGAUAUAAUGAGUAUACACCAGAACUGCUUCCAGCAGGUUCCCACUUCAGUAAUGGCUUUCAAGGCUGCAUCUUUGAUUUACAAGUUCAGACGAUCAGAAAUGGACGGUUUCGAACACCAGGGAAGCCAGAAGGACACCCCAAUGCUGGCCGUAGUGUGGGGCAGUGUGAAGACACACCAUGUAGUCUGGUCCAAUGUAAAAAUGGAGGAACAUGUAUUGCCAGAGGCUCUACUGUGUACUGUAAAUGCCCAUUAGAGUGGAAGGGAGCGCUCUGUACAGAAACAGUUUCUGUUUGCGAUGCUGAGCACGCACCCCCACCACGCUGUGCCCAGGGCUCCACUUGUGUUCCCACUCCUUAUGGAUACACCUGUCAGUGCCUACUUGGGACAACUGGCAUGUACUGUGAGCAAUCUCUUAGGAUCAGUGAUCCAUUUUUCAGCAGCAACGAGUCAUCGUGGAUGUCAUUUACUCCCUUUAACAUAAGACACAGAACCCACCUCAGGAUGCAGUUCAAAUCUCUGUCUCCAGAUGGCAUGCUGUUCUAUACAGCUCAGCAUCUCAGCCCACGUUCAGGAGAUUUUUUCAGUGUAUCCUUGACGCAUGGAUUUGUACAGCUGCGCUACAACCUUGGUGACAAGACUGUAAUAUUGCAAGCAUCAGAUCGUGUAGAUGCCAGUGGGAAAACCUGGCAUUUAGUUCAUGCAGGCAGAAAAGGUAAUGAAGGUUACUUAGCUUUGGAUGGAAAGACUGUUACGCAGAAUCUCACUGUGGGUAUGACUGCACUGGAUGCAACCACUGACUUCUAUGUGGGAGGAGUGUCCUCUUUAAAUGCCAUCUCCUCUAAUGCUGUAGAGGAUGAACCUGUUAGCUUUACUGGCUGUAUACGUGAAGUUAUUAUUAAUGAGCGCGAGCUUCAAUUAACAGAGUCUGGGGCCCAUUCAGGUGCGAAUGUCGGAGACUGGGACGGCACAGCCUGUGGUUAUAAAGUGUGCAAGAACCACGGAAGCUGUAAUUUGAACCGUUUUAAACAAUUCACAUGUACUUGUCCUCCACUGUGGACUGGCUCUACAUGUGCAGUGUCAGUAUUCUGUGCAGAUCAUCUUUGUCAACAUCAUUCUCUGUGUAUUCCUAACAUCCCUACAGCAUCAUACAGUUGUGCUUGUUCUCUAGGCUGGGAAGGGAAAUAUUGUGAAAAAUAUGUAUCCUUUUUGACUGCCAGGUUUGCAGGCAAUUCUUACAUUAAAUAUACUGAUCCCUAUUAUGAAACAAGAAACCUGAAAUUUACAAAGGUUUCAGUUAACUUUACAUCCAAUGCAAGUGAAGCACUUAUAUUGUGGAUGGGAACAGCAGAAGAUGAAGACAAUGAUUACCUUGCAGUGGGACUGCAUAAUGGAAAGCUUAAGGUUGCCUUUAAUCUUGGGGAAAGAAUUUCUGUCCCUCUUACUUACAAUAAAACGUUGCUGUGUUGUAACAAAUGGCAUUCUGUCACAGUGAUUCAAAACCGGACUGUUAUUAAGGUGUACCUUGAUGAUGAGAUGGUUCUUUAUGAAGAUUUAGACCCAUUUGAACAGUAUGUUGCUUUAAAUUAUGGUGGAAUCUGUUACUUUGGGGGGUUUGAACUUCACAGAGACAUAACAAGUUUAACCUCUGCCCUCUUUACACAGGGGCUAAUAGGAAAAGUUAAAGAUGUUAUACUCUUUCAGGAUUCCAAAAACAUUCAGUUUCUUCAAAGCUCGGAAGGUUACAAUGUUUAUAGUGGGGAUAACCAAGUACCUUAAAAAAAAAAAACCACAACAUUCAUUUGCUACUUAAUUUUGAAUCAAACCCCUAAAGUAAAUUACACCAUGUCUGUGUUUCUAAGAUAUAACCUAGGAUUACACUUUAGUGAUGUAACUGCUAUACUUACAGCAGCUUUAAAAAAUUAAGUUACUGUUUUGUUAUUUGGUAUUUUUAAAGCCUCUGUAGCAGGACUGCAAUUCAAAUUUAAUCAUAGGGACAGUUCACUUAUGUACUGCAUACAGACUACUGAAAACAAUAUACAGUAUUAGGGUGAGAUGUACUGAAAUGAUAUUUUUGUAUAAUGCAGUUUUGUAAUGUUACAUGAUUCAAUGUUUUCUUCAAAUAUGUCUACUAUCAGUGUGUGGUAAAUUUAUUAUUUGAUUUAUGUCCCACAGCAAAAACAGGAAUACAAAUCACUUUAUAAGUAAAACAAUGGAUAUUGCUCAUAGAUGAAUUUACACUGCUAUAGUGAGUCAUGUAAUUGAUGAUUUAAACUGCAAUGAUCGGUUUUAUUUCUGUUGCAUAUGUAUAAGAUUAAACAUGAUUCAACAUUUGCAUUCAACUUGAUUUGCAUUCAUCUGUGGUUUCCUUGUCAUUUCUUUUCUAU